AUGGACUCUAAAUGGACAGCAGAAAGAGAUGCAGAAGCUGUUAAAAUUUUAACUGAUGACAAUUCUAUAAAUAAAGUUAGACGGUAUUAUCAUAUCCGUGAAAAAUUUGAACUAAUCGAGGUAGCUGGCGUUCGACGAGUUCGACGAAAGCGCGAUCAACGCAUUAUGGCAGUAGUUGAAAAUUUCACUAGUAUUAUUCGUGAUAUGCAUGUGGCCAGUGGACAUAAAGGUGAAACAAAAACACACAAGAAAAUAAUGGAACACUAUUCUAAUAUUACAAUGGCUGCUGUAAAAGCUUACAUUGCUAAUUGUGAAAGGUGUGCGGAAAAAUCAAAAAAAAAAUGUACGCGAGGUGUUGUUGUGCGGCCUAUUUUAUCUUCCUCUUUAAAUGAACGCGGUCAAGUCGAUCUUGUCGACUUUCAAAGUUUACCGGAUGGUGAUUUUAAAUUUAUCCUUCAUUAUAAAGAACACUUGACCAAAUUUUCAAUUUUCCGGCCAUUGAAAUGCAAAAAGGCUUCGGAAGUGGCCAAAGAAUUAUUAAACAUAUUUUUGACGUUUGGUGCCCCUCACGUUCUGCAGUCCGAUAAUGGUCGCGAAUUCACAGCCGAUAUUAUAACUGAAUUAGCAUCAUUUUGGCCCGAUCUAAUACUAGUAAAUGGUCGGCCACGUUAUCCACAAAGCCAAGGAUCUGUAGAAAGAGGUAAUUGUACGUUGAAGGAUUCACUGGUGGCGUGGAUGCGAGAUAAUAAAACUGCGGCGUGGAGUUAUGGCAUCGCCUUUGUACAAUGGGGUGUUAAUACGACUUAUCACGAAGCUAUAAAAAUGACUCCAUACGAAGCAGUCUUUGGUCAAAAACCACGGAUAGGACUGGCUACAAAAGUACUUCGACAGUUGGUAGAAAAUAUAAUGACAAGUACAUUGGAAGAGGAUAUACUGAAAAUGCUUUUAAAUGAGGACAAAGAGGACAAUGAGGACGUACAAGUACUCAAUACUGAAACAAUAGAUUUAGAGCGUACGCAAGAUACAGAAGAAGUAUUAGAAGCUACUACUGCGUGCUCGCAGCAUAAUAUUAUUCCAGAAAAUAAAAUAGAACAAAAACUCGAGAAAUUAAUAAAGACCACGCAAAAAAUUUUAGAUAUUAAAAGUGACACCGACAAAGUAAGUCUAUGCAUAAAAUGUAAUUUAAAUUAUUGA